AGAAGACCUCUUUGGCCCACCAUUUGAUCUCCAAUAUUUUUCAGAUUAAACAAUAGAAUUUUUUGAAUUAUUGCGAAAGGUGGCAAAGCUCAACGUACAGUUGUCAGCAAUAAUGAGCAUUUCUGCUUCGUCAGAAUCAAAUUAGAAUUUUGCGGAGCAGUUUUGCUAAGAUAUCAGUGCUAGAAUCAAGGAUUAACUCAGAAUUGUUAUGAAGUUUUGGAGAUGGAUCCGUGAGAUGUUCCGUAAAAUAAAGCAUUUAUUUUUACCUCUGAGUACACUUUGCAUACUUCUUUGGUUGGCCAUACAUAGUACAAUUAUGGCAGAGGACAAGACAAUCCAUGAUGAUAAACUCACUCUAUCUGAACAAUUGAAUAACCCAUUGAAAAUUGUUCCUCUUGGUACACAAAGAAGAAUAAAUUUAAACAAUUCAGAUCUGGGUCAUCAAAGCGUACUAUCGAAUAAAACUGUCAAUGAUAAAGAGCUUACUUUAUCAGAUUUUGGAAAUAUUAAACGAUUCCCAAAAUUUCUUAUAAUUGGUGCACCGGAAUGUGGAAUGAGUGCACUAAUGCGUUUUCUAAAUGCACAUGCUCAGUUGGUGCCUUCAGGCAAUGAUCUCAAUUUCUUUCAGAGCCAUUAUGAUAAGGGGACGGAAUGGUUUCUUAAUCAAAUGCCAUUUACGGCACACUGGCAGUUGGCCUUUCAGAAAUCAUCUGGCUAUUUUACAAUGAACGCUGAUGCUAUUGAGCGUAUUAAAACAGUCAAUCCACGCAUGAAGUUCCUGGUUAUAGUGUGUGAUCCCACCAAUCGGGCAGUUUCCCAUUACCUACAAGCAGUUGCUGCAAACCUCACAGGAAAGGAUAACACCACCAUCACACCUUUUGAAGAGAUAGUUCUUACUCCAGAAGAUGGAAAAAUUAACGUCGAGGAUCCUAUAAUUGAUAGAGGCUUAUAUGCUAAACAUUUACAAACUUAUUACAAAGUUUUUCCUAAGGAGCAAUUUCAUAUCAUAAAGCAGGGGGAAUUUUUUGAAACCCCUUGGGUUGCUUUAGGAAAGGUCGAAGCAUUCUUGAAACUUGUACAUGUUUUUCACCAAAUUAAAUUCUAUUUUAACAAGCAGUAUGGCAUUUACUGCCACAAAAGUGACAAAACUCAAUGUAGAUCUGAUAUUUUAAUGCGAUAUGAUUUGCAGCAAUAUAAACCAUAUAAUGACGUAAUGAAUAAACUUAAACAGUUUUAUGAAGAACAGAACAAAGAUUUUGCCCAACUUGUUGGCAUGGACUUUGAAUGGGCAUAGGACAAAAAAAUGACAUGUACCACUGUAUAAAAGAGCAUGAUAAGGAAAUAAACCUUUAUACUCAUAUAUUGUCAUUUUUUGUUUAUAGAGAGUUGCCCAAAGAUACAACAUUCCAAUUUU